UGUCAUCUUCGGUCCUUCUUCAACCUCCCCUAUUAAAAGUAACGAAGAGCCCUAUUUUUCGCGAUCCACCACUAAUACCAAAAACCCAUUAUACAAAAUAACCAGAGAAAAAACAAAAACAAAAAAAAUUUGAAAGAAAAGGAGAAUAUGAAAUGAACCGUCCAACCAACCCAUCCGAAACCGCCUUUUCGUACCCCGGAAAACCAUAUUCCUCGUUAAAUACUUCUCCCUUAAACCGCUUUUCACUUUUUCCGAGGCCAGCUAGGGUUCCGGCGGAGGUUCGGUGAUAAAUCCGGAGAGAAUUCGCCGGCGCGUGAGAGAGGGGGUAUGGGAACGGAGGCGAUUGAGAGGAGGUGGGAUACGUGGGAAGAGCUGCUAUUGGGAGGGGCCGUACUCCGGCACGGUACCGGCGACUGGAACCUCGUCGCGGCGGAGCUCCGAGCGAGGAUUGUUCGUCCGUACGCUUGCACACCCGAGGUUUGUAAGGCCAAAUAUGAAGACUUGCAGAAGCGUUUCGUUGGAUGCAAAGCUUGGUACGAGGAGCUACGGCGGAAACGAAUCAUGGAACUAAGGCAAGCUCUGGAACAUUCUGAAGAUUCAAUAGGGUCAUUGGAAUCAAAGCUUGAAGCUCUCAAGUCUAGGAGUGGAGAUAAGUGUGUUGUCAAUAGCUGUAGUAGAUCAGAAUCUUGGGGAGCUGUUCAGAAACGAACGUCGAACGAGCUAUCUGCUGGUAGCUUCACGCAGGAAAUCCGAACUUGCAGUUCGCUCGAAUGUGAGGCAGCUCCAUUGUCAGCUGAAGAGAUUGAGAUCAAAGCAGAAGCAGAAGCAUUGCAAGACAAAGUUUCGAGCAUUGAGAAGUUGAGAGGGAUACUAUAUGGAAGCCAAGGAGGAACAGUCAGGAAGAGAAGAGGGAAGAGAAAGAGGAAGAAUUGUAAUACUAAUAGCAAUAGCAAUUGUAAUAGUAAUAGGGAUGUCAAGGAAGGAAGCAUUGGAGAAAAUAACUUGUCCGAAUCACCUAAUCCUGCUACUGUUUCUCAAUCAUGCUGCAACUCAUUCGAGCCUCAUGGACCGUCGGAUGCAAAUGAAGCCUGCAGGAGCUCAGCCAUGGAUGGGGUAGGAGUUGAUGUUCUAAUGGCUGCUUUUAAUUCUGUUGCACAGAGCAAAAGUGCCUCCGUAUUUCGUCGUCGCCUCGAUAGUCAGAAGAGAGGAAGAUACAAGAAAGUAAUCAGGCAACACUUGGAUAUUGAAGCAAUAAGGUCAAGAGUUACAAGUCAUUACAUAACGACGCUAAAGGAGCUGUACAGAGAUCUGCUGCUGCUUGCUAAUAACGCUCUGGUAUUUUACUCGAGGAAUUCGCGGGAGCACCAGUCUGCUGUGCUUCUCAGAGGUAUCAUUACAAGUAAAUUUAAGAAGCUUUUUAAGAACUCCAGCACUGUGGUACCCCACAACCACCACAAGCAGAAAACACAGAUCAUUGAUCCGGUGGUGAAACCACGUCGUUCGCAGCCUGCGAAGCAUAAUGUAUCACAGAAAGAAGGCAAUCUAAGAGAUGUCAAAACUCAAAAUGGCGGAAGAAGAAGGGGUAAUAUUGCUAAUCCCCAUUCCUCAGUGGGACUACCAAAGAAAGAGACUUCACUUGGGGCAUCCACGGGAAAGAAAGGCCCUGGUGCGACAAGAAAGGCUGUCGUUGGGACAUCGAAAAGCGAACGAUCUGCAACUGGCACCAGGGGAAGGAAAAGAGGGAGAACAAAGUGAAUGGUAAGAAGUUAAAACUUGCUCUGGAUAAAUAUUUUCAGAUUAGAACUUGUAAGUUGUAACCCAGGUAGCUCCAGGUUUCUAGGAUGUGUUUGGCUUUGGCCACUGGCCAGAUUGGAAAGAUAAAUGGGAAUUGGAAUGUUCAUUCUAUCAUUUUGUUUGA